UGCGAAGUGGGGUCGGACGGGCGCUUCCUGCGCGGGUACUCGCAGGACGCCUACGAUGGCGCGGAUUACAUCGCCCUCGCCGAGGACCUGAGCACCUGGGUCGCGGCGGACACUGCAGCUCAGAUCACACAGCGCAAGUGGGUGGAGGCCCAUGUGGCAGAGCGCUUCAGGGCCUACCUGGAGGGCAGGUGUGUGGAGUUGCUCAAGAGAUACCUGGAGAACGGGAAGGAGAUGCUGCAGCGCGCAGGUCCUUGGAGGUCUGCUCCACUUAUUCCGGUCUCUCAGUCUCCACCCACUCAGGACAGAGAUCCCUUCCCCCCUCAGAGACCCGGAGCCUCCUGCCCUGCACCGACUCAGCCGUCUCCUCAGCCCACCGUCCCCACUGGAGGGGUCACAGCCAUAGGAGUCACUGCUGCCGUCCUCAGUCUCCUGUUGGUCACUGCUGUGGUGGCUCUUGUGAUGUGGAGGAGAAAGAGGGCAGGUGUAGAAGGAGGGGGCUACGCUCAGGCUGCAGGACCAUAA